AUUGAUUUCCGUUCAAUGAUACGGCAAAAUCUUCUGUUUGAAAAUUAUUUCUGUUUCAGUUUAAUUAAUUUUUUUUAAAAUGCUUAAAGAACCGAUAAAAAAUGUUGAAAUGAAGGAUGUGGAGAAGAAGGAGGAAGUCGUUGAAGAAGUUAAAAAGGAUGCCGAUACAUUAGUCUUGGAAGAUCUCAAGCAAUACAUAAAACACAUUGAAAAGGCAGUCAUUACCAAAGAGCCUAGAUUCAUGUCAAGGACAUUAAGGGCCCUUGUGAACCUUCGAAAAAGAUUGAACAACAAUGUAUUACACAGAGCCAUUGUUGGCUACUUCCUGAUCACUAACAAUUCUACUCACCCACUCCUAGAAUACAUUGAUGAGCCAAUGGAGACGCAAGAAAAGGGCCCUACCUUCAGGCCGAGGGUGGGGAAGCAGGCUUCGACUCCUUUGCUUGUUGAGAUCGACAUCUACCUUCACCUCCUUGUUCUCAUAUAUCUACUGGAUCAGAAUAAAUUGAAUCACGCAUUGCAGUGUGCAGACCAGCUGAUGGAUAAGAUAGCCUUGCAAAACAGGAGGACCCUGGACAUGCUGGCCGCCAGGUGCUACUUCUACUUUGCUAGGGCCUACGAACUCACUAAUCAGUUUGACAGGAUUAGAAGCACCCUGCACGCUCGACUCUGCACGUGCACCCUGAAAUCUGACCACGAGGGCCAGGCAACCCUCCUCAACCUCCUCCUCAGAAAUUAUCUACACUACAAUUUGUAUGACCAGGCCGCUAAACUCAUCGCUAAGGCCACAUUUCCUGAAAGUUCUUCUAAUAAUGAAUGGGCCAGAUAUUUGUAUUAUACUGGUCGCGUGAAAGCCAUUCAAUUAGAGUACUCUUCAGCUCAUACUGAUCUAAUGCAGGCUCUGAGGAAGGCACCUCAGCACACUGCUGUUGGAUUCAAACAAAUUGUUCAGAAGUUUGCAAUAACAGUUGAACUGCUGCUUGGGGACAUUCCUGACAAGUCGACCUUCAGGCAAGCAUCUCUCAGGAAGACCUUGCAGCCAUAUUUUCAACUCACUCAGGCUGUUCGCACCGGAAACCUGGCAAGAUUUAAUCAAGUCUUGGAGAAAUUUAAAGGAAAAUUUGAGUUGGAAGGUACUUAUUCUCUAAUCGUUCGACUCCGACACAAUGUCAUCAAAACAGGAGUUAGGAUAAUUAGUCAGUCGUACUCUCGCAUCUCUCUACUCGACAUAGCUAGGAAAUUGCAGUUAGGCAGUCCAGAGGAUGCAGAGUUUAUUGUAGCUAAGGCAAUAAGAGAUGGGGUGAUUGAGGCCACCAUCGACCAUGAGAAAAAGUAUGUGCAGUCGAAGGAGAACCCAGAUAUCUACAGCACCAAAGAACCCAUGACGGCUUUCCACCAAAGAAUAACUUUCUGUUUAAACCUUCACAAUCAGUCUAUCAAGGCCAUGAGGUUCCCACCUAAGUCCUACAAUAAGGAUUUAGAAUCUGCUGAAGAGAGAAGGGAGAGAGAGCAGCAAGAGUUGGAGAGUGCUAAGGAGAUAGCAGAGGAGGAUUUUGAUGAUUUCUAAGUUAGAUGGAUGCUGCGUCUUAUCUAUCUAUCCAUACACACACAUUUAUACACAUGUGCACAUCAUUUACUCGACUUCUGAUUGGAUUCUAUUGAAUGGUUUCUUUAUAAAUAAUAAUAGAUUGAUACACACGCAUAUGCGGCAUGAAAUAUUUUUACUUUGUUUUAAUAAUGAAUUUAUUGAAAUCAACAAUUGAAAUUGAUGGUAGUAAUGAUAAAGAAUUUUCGGAUCUGUUUAAUAGCUAUGACCGUUCAGUUUCAUUUCUUGGAUUGAAAACCUAAUUGUUCAUGCUUCGAUUGUUUCUGAGUUUUGUCAUUAAGUUAAAUGCGUUAGUUUCUGCUGUAAUUAUAAAUGGUUACAAACUAAUUUAUUGAAGAAAAUUGAAAUCCGGU